AGGUGUGUUUGGUGCUGAUGAAGAUGAAGUGAAGUCAGUGUCAGUGAUGGAGGGAGAUUCUGUCACUCUAAACCCUGAUCCUGCUAAAAUAAAGAAAUUUAAUCUUAUAAAGUGGAGGUUUGGAGAUCCAGUCAUUGCUCAAACUGAUGGAAAUGACAUCACAUAUUACAGUCACACUGAGAUAUUCAGAGACAGGCUGCAGCUGGAUCAGACUGGAUCUCUGACCAUCAAGAACAUGAGAACCAAACACUCUGGACUUUAUAAACUACAGAUCAGCCACAGCACUGGGACCGCAAAUAAGCAGCCAUUCAGUGUAACUGUCUAUGAGUCUCCAUCUGUUAUUGCUGGGGCUGAAGCUGAAAUGAAGAGUGAGUCAGUGAAGGAGGGAGAUCCUGUCACUCUUCAUGUUCCUCAAAUACAAGGAGAUGAGCUGAUAGUGUGGAGGUUUGGAGACGAAGAAAAGCUCAUAGCUAAAGCUGAUAUAGAGAACAAGAGCUCACCAUUAUAUUAUGAAGAGAGAUUCAGAGACAGACUGAAGGUGAAUGAUCAGACUGGAUCUCUGAUCAUCACAAACACCAGAACCACAGACUCUGGACUUUAUAAAGUGAAGAUCAGCAGCAACAAACAGACCUUAUACAAGAGAUUCACUGUUACUGUCAGUGGUGAGUAA